GAGACACCUUGAGUUAAUGAUUGCAGCGCUGGAGUAAGAGAGUAUAAAACUAUCUGAAAGCUUCUCCUUGCUUUACCUUCACCGUCUAUCACCAUGUCUUUCUCUGGAAAAUACCAGCUGGAGUCACAGGAGAACUUUGAGCCUUUCAUGAAGGCCAUCGGUCUCCCUGAUGAGCUCAUCCAGAAAGGCAAAAACAUCAAGAGCAUCUCUGAGAUUGAGGAGACUGGUGACACCUUCAAAGUGACGGUCACAAUUGGCACAAAGGUCCUCGUCAACUCCUUCACCAUCGGAAAGGAGGCUGAAAUUGAGACCAUCACUGGGGAGAAGGUCAAGGCGGUUGUAAUGCGUGACGGCAAAAGUCUGAAGGUCUCCCUAAAGGGAAUUGAGUCCGUCACAGAACUGGUGGAUGAGAACACAAUUCUCAAUACUAUGACUCUUGGUAGUAUUGUAUACAAGAGGACGCUCAAACGCAUGUAAAUGUCUGCACUUGGAAUAAAUUGUUAAAAAAUUCA